AUGCCCGGCUGGAAGCGAAUGCAGCGCGAGGUUGGUGGCCCGUAUCACCGCUCCCAUGGUUCACCGAUCGACCAGGGAAAAUUUGCAGGACCAGAUGCACAGAACAUCGUGCAGACGAUUGUAGGGGGAUGUACCAUGACAUUCUUCGCAUCUGAGUUACACUUGAGAGGGGAGAUGUAUGUCGCACAACCACAUUGCGAUACCCAAGGAAACGUCUUGUGUUGGAAUGGCGAGAUAUUCGAGGGAAUACCGGUGUCUCCAGCAGAGAACGAUGGUGUGAAACUAUUCUCUGAACUUCAAAUUCGACGGACACCAGAAGAAAUCAGAGAUUGUUUAGGCAAGAUUGAAGGCCCGUAUGCAUUUGUAUACUACGAGAAUUCUACCAGGAGGCUUUACUUCGCACGAGAUCCACUGGGACGUCGAUCUCUACUCAUUCACACCCCAGAUGAAUCGAAUCCGUACUUCCUGUUGUCAUCCGUCUCUGUCGGCUCGCACUCAGGUUAUGCCCUGGAAGAGAUAUCGACUGAGUCAUUAUAUUUUGUUGACGUCGGAAGAUUGAGUGAUGCGGCUCAUAUGACAUCUGCCUUUCCCCACUGUCUAGAAAAUAUUUCACGGGCGGGGUCAAAUUCGUCAUUACACUUUGCGCGAUUGAGUACGGUCAAUCGCUUACUCCCCAGUGAUCCGCCGAAAGUGAGCGGAUUAGAUCACAUUCCAGAUCAUCUCUCCUCCGCGGUGGACGAGUUGAUCUCUCAGCUAGAUCGUUCUGUAAUGUUGCGCGUGAGAAAUAUUCCUACAGUAAGUGAGGGUGCUAGAGUGGCUAUAUUAUUCAGCGGUGGUAUCGAUUCUACGAUGCUGGCAUUCCUUGCAGAUCGCCAUGUUGAUGUCUCCGAACCAAUCGACCUUCUCAAUGUUGCGUUUGAAAACCCCCGUAAAAUAGCGGUCCAAGUGGAAGGAAAUAUUGGGGGGCUGCCCAAGCGGGAGAAGAAGCAAAAAUUGCGAGAUCGUUUAGAUUAUUCGACGGUCAAUGUCUCCUACGAUGUACCUGAUAGGUUGACCGGACUCCAAGAGGUUGAAGAGCUCAGGAAAUUGUGUCCUGACCGUGUCUGGAAUUUUCGUGGAAAUAAGGUUGAGGUCAACGUGCCUUACGAGGAAUCGCAAGCCGCGCGCUCUACCGUAGAGGCACUAAUGUUCCCAAGUAGAACUGUCAUGGACCUAAGCCUUGCAGUGGCAUUAUACUUUGCUGCCCGAGGUACAGGCCAGAUUCGGACAGACCCCAGUUCGAAGCCACAACUUUACGCUUCUCCCGCUAGAGUUCUCUUAAACGGGCUCGGAUCAGACGAGCUCCUCGGUGGUUAUGGCCGAUUUAGGACAGCGUAUAAAAACGCUGGGUGGCAAGCGAUUGUGGACGAGCUUCAGCUAGAACUUGACCGCAUUCCUACGAGAAAUCUAGGGAGGGACGACCGUGUUAUCUCAUCGCACGGCAAAGAGACUCGACACCCAUUCCUCUCGUUGUCCGUGGUGGCUUUCCUAGCGCAGCUUCCUGUGCAUAUGAAGAUGGACCCAAGGCUUGAAUCUGGACUUGGAGAGAAGAUGUUGUUGAGACUGGCAGCGAGAAAAGUAGGCUUGGUCGAAGCGAGUGGCAGGAAGAAGAGAGCUAUGCAAUUUGGCAGUCAUUCAGCUCGCAUGGGACCAGGAGAUGGAGAUAGAAAAGGUAGCGCGUCCUCUUCAGCUUCGUCUUCUUCCAUCGCUAUGGCCGCCCUUCCUUCACUCGCAAGUCGGCUCGUAGUGCCCGUGGCGAUAGCUGCGGCUGUUGCCCAAGCCAGCAUUUACGAUGUUCCGGGAGGCUACCGUGCUGUCAUGUUCGACCGAUUCUCAGGUGUGAUGGAUAAAGCCAAGCCUGAAGGUACACAUUUCCUUGUUCCCUGGCUCCAACGUGCCAUUCUCUACGACUGUCGCAUCAAACCUCGUAAUAUCUCGACAACAACCGGGUCAAAAGAUCUACAGAUGGUCACCAUUACCCUUCGAGUGCUCUCUCGACCGGAUGUAGAGCACUUACCCAAAAUUUACCAAAGCCUUGGUCUAGAUUAUGACGAGAGAGUUCUACCAUCUGUUGGUAACGAAGUCCUUAAGAGUAUUGUGGCCCAGUUUGAUGCCGCUGAACUAAUUACGCAACGAGAAGUGUCAUCGCGAAUUCGAGAAGACCUUCUUCAACGUGCGGGAGAGUUUAAUCUCAAAUUGGAGGAUGUCUCCAUCACACAUUUGACGUUUGGAAAAGAGUUCACACAGGCGGUAGAGGCGAAGCAGAUCGCUCAGCAAGAUGCCGAGCGAGCGAAGUUCAUUGCGGAGCAAGAACGUCAAGCAGCGGUUAUUCGGGCUGAAGGCGAGGCCGAGGCGGCUGCGACGAUUUCGCGAGCCCUAGAUAAGGCUGGGGAAGCAUUCGUGACCUUCCGGAAGAUUGAGGCGAGCAAGGCGAUUGUGCAGUCGCUCGCGGGCAACCCGAACGUGACGUACAUCCCCAGUGGGGGAGGCAACGUGUUGUUGAACGUGCCUGCGCAAAAGUAG